AACAAACUAUUACCCUUCUAUUUUUAGAGAGCAAAUGAGCUAAAAUAAGGUUUCCAAGUUUGCAUGCAUGUCUCCUUAAUUUUCUCUCAUUCACAAGAUUGUAUCUCCCAAUCAAAUAGCAAACUCAAGCCCCAAUAAGGCAACCAAAAGGAAACAAACUCUUCCUUGUUCCCCAUCACCUUUUGGCCAACAACAACAUGGCUCUCUUCCCUUUACUCCUAAUCCUCCUACAAUGUCUAUCAACAACACUAUUCCUAGUCCCCUCGGUCGAAUCCAAUCUAAGCGUCGAUUAUUACAACAAGACAUGCCCUAAAUUCCACGAAAUAGUCACCCGCAUAAUCUCCGAGAGGCAAAUCGCCACCCCCACAACAGCCGCCGCUAUCCUCCGUUUGUACUUCCACGAUUGCAUGGUCCGAGGCUGCGACGCCUCCCUCUUGAUCGCCUCCAACGACUUCAACAAAGCCGAACGCGACCACGACAUCAACGCCUCCCUCUCGGGAGAUGGCUUCGACGUAGUUAUCCGCGCGAAAACCUCCCUCGAGCUCGAGUGCCCCGGGGUCGUAUCAUGCUCGGACAUACUCUCAGUCGCCACUCGAGACCUAAUCACAAUGGUCGGAGGGCCCUUCUACGAGGUUAAUCUAGGCCGUAAGGACGGCCUAGUCUCCCUAGCCUCCGAGGUUGAGGCGUCAGUCGCAAGGGCAAACACCUCGUUGCCCCGGCUCGUAACAAUGUUUGGGUCCAAAGGGCUAACAAUCCAAGAACUAGUUGCCCUAUCCGGGGCCCACACAAUCGGUUUCUCCCAUUGCGACCAAUUCGCCUACAGGAUCUUCAACUUUAGCGCCACAUCCCAAACGGACCCCGCGUACAACAAGAGGUAUGGGGACGGGCUCCGCCAGCUCUGCGCAGAUUACAUCAAGGACCCGACAAUGGCGGCCUUCAACGACGUGAUAACGCCCGGGAAGUUCGACAACAUGUACUACGUCAACUUGCUUAAUGGGUUAGGGCUACUAGAAUCAGACCAAGCCUUGUUGAACGAUCCUAAGACCCGAAAGUUCGUGGAGUUGUACGCGGCCAAUCAAACCGCGUUCUUCAACGAUUUCGCGAACGCGAUGAAGAAAGUGAGCGUGACCGAGGUUAAGACAGGAAAAGAGGGAGAGAUAAGACAUAGGUGUGACACAUUCAACCAAUUGAUUGUCACCAAAGGUCUUAAUUCAUCUAAAGGAGCAUAAUAAAUUAACAAGAGUCAACAAGUUGUAAAGAAGAAGGUCAAAAAGAAAAGGUUGAGGAUAUUUAUUAUCCAUUGAUUGUUGGGAGAAACAUAUAGAAUAUGAGCAAAAAGGCAUAUGAUGUAGGCAUGUCUUAUUGUAAAUUUUAUUAUCAAAAUACAGCUAUGCCUUUUAUUAUGAAGCCAACCAAAU